AUGGCGUCCUUCUCAUCCCAAAACAAUGGCAACAACAACAGCAACAACAGCAAUAACAACAGCGACAAACACAAAGAGGAUCUGGAUCUGUUUCUCACCAACAUUGAAUCCAAACUCCGCGGACCCUUUUCUUCCUUGGACUUGUCCAAAGCCGUCACAACCUCGGCACUGCGGAAAACCAUGACGCCUCCCGAAUUUUUGGAAAACCUCAACAACGUGUUGUUGCGAACCGACAAGGUCAGUCAAUUGAGAAUAUUGAUUGGACUGCUGGGAUUGGAACCGGAACCAGAGUUGGACGAAAAGGUCUUGCAAGUACUGAGGACCGCACAACAAAAGAGCGAAGAGCCUUGGUCCAAAUGCAUUGCUGGGAUAAUUCAAGGGAUCAUGUUCAAAACAAAUGAUGACGAUGACGAUGAUAAUAAUAAUGAUAAUGACAGUCGUUGCUCUUGUCGGGGAGAAUAUGCACAACGAAAGCUGGACAAGGCGGCAGAAGACAUUUGCGAACGUGUCAUGAAGUGCAUGCGGGAAACAAAAGAGAUCAACGGCGGAGAAUAUCCUCCCGAUUUGAAUGCCUAUUACAUACCCUACAAAUACUCCAUGGUAUCGGACGAUUUUCGAAAAAAGGCACAACUAGACCCUUAUAGCAAUCCACAUUUCACCGCCAAUUUGGAUGCGGACAUUCUCAAGAUCGAUGAGCAGCUCGAAGCGCAGCGAGCCAAGGAAGCCCAAGAACAUGGUCCCAUUUUGUUACCAGGAGUCACGCUGCCAAGUAGUACCACAACAUCGACCACCGCAGCGGCACUGGGUCGUACCAACCUUCCCCCCGGGUUCAAACCGGCCAAUUUGGUCAAGAAGGCGACUCCCAAAUCCACCUCGAGCAUGUUUCUCACGCGGUCCAAUCCAGCCGCUCGCAAAGCUCAGCUGGCGGGCCGCACCAACAAAUUGGUCCGCCGCAAGGGAGGGGCCCAAUCCUUGAUUGCCGGAACCAGUUACAAGGCCCGUACAGCUGGAACUACAACUACUAGUACUACUACUACUGGUACUACAACUACAACAGCUGCUGUGACAAGUAAGACGGCACCCGGAGCAGCUGGGGCCAAGAGUAGUAACAGUGCUAGUACUACUACUAGUACUACUGCGGCGGCGGGACUACUUUCCAAAAAGUUGGGCAAGGGAGGAUUGGCCGCACGCGAUGGUGCUGCUGCUCCUCGAGGACGAUUUGCGUCGGGCAAGUCCAAAAUGAAAAUGCUCGAUGUCGACACGGUGAGCAACCUGCACCAACAAACGGUCGAACGCCAAAAGGAACAAGCGUUGAGCAAAAUGUCCAAGAAGCGACGCAUCAUGGAAGCGGCCAAACUACAAGGCUUGAAGAGGUCCAAGCCGAAUAAUGAAAAGACAACAACAACAGCAACAACAGGUGCAGCAACUGCUGCUACGUUAGCGCCAAAAGAACCAGAAACAAAACCACCACAGUCUGAGGAACUACCAUUACCUCAGGAAAUAACUCCAAUACCCGAACCAUCAGGAAUGCCAGCGGUAUCAGCAGCCGCUGCCCUAGUACAAGAACAGCAAGCACAAGAACAGCAAGAUCAGCAACAACCACAACCAGAAUGGAAAAUUUUGUUGCGAGAACGCUCCAACAAACUGUCGGAUCCGGAUCGAUCGCGGGUCCAACAGUUCUUUGAGAACAAUCAAUUCAAUCCUACUCCGGAACAAUCCGUCUACAAAAUGAAACUCCACGAACAGCGAUCGGUGGAUCCAGCGACGGGCAAGGAAAUCAAAGAAACCUUUUAUUUGGAAUUGGAUUAUGAAAAGAAGUCGUCAAAGCAAUCCAAAAAGAUUAAACGAUACUAA